AUGUCUGACAAACCCGAUAUGGCUGAGAUUAAGAAAUUCAAUGAGUCGAAAUUGAAGAAGACAGAAACGCAAGAGAAAAAUCCACUGCCUUCAAAAGAAACGACUGAACAGGAGAAGCAAGCAGGCGAAUCAUAA